AUGUUCAGUAGAUCAAAAAGAGGGGACCGCACUAAGUCGGGACACAUUCUGGGCGACGCACAACGUCGUGAUCAGCCUGACAUGCAGGACACUAAGAACAUGUCUCCGGCCCCCUUCGCUCUCCUCAGACUGCUCACACACAUGUCCAUGCUGCUGGGAGCUCAAAGCAACACACAGAGUGUCGUGCAGAUCAUCAAGCCUGCAGUGCUGGAUCCUGGUCCGUUCCUGAUGCGCCAUCUUCUGAAGGACAUGGAGCAGCUGAGCAGAGCUCUGGGUAAAGGAGUGGAUGAUACGGUCAGUACUGUCCAUUUGACCAUCCACAGUCUACUGGAGCCCCAUCCGACCAGCCAGUGGCCUGUUCUUUAUGAUCAAAACCUUUCCACUAAAGAUGCAAGAAAUGCUUGGGAAACUGCCAUGGAUACUGAUGUCAUCGCACAUCAGCUGAAGGUUUUGGAGCAUCAGCUAAAGGAAGUGAACGCGUUCGUCAGGGAAGAUGAGCGAGUGUCUUCCAAUCCGGUGAUGAAGUUGACAUUUGGGGAACCAGGGCUUUUCCUGCGUUCUCUGCCAAAGAAAUCCCUCAUCCAUAAUUCAUCCAUCUGGAGCUGCCGGAAGAAGGUCUCGAUGUUGAGUCUGACACACAUUGUGGAGCAGAACAACGGCCGGGACACUUUGCCUGUGUUCUGGAGGUUCCUUCAACGGGAAGCAGAGCUUCGGCUGGUGAGGUUCCUGCCCGACAUCUUGGCUCUCCAGAGGGAUUUGGUAAAGAGGUUUCAGAACGUGACAGACCUGACCUACAGCACCAUAGGAGAGUUCCUGCACAGCCAGAGAGCAGCUUCCUUCUCGGCCUGGUAUGAAAAGCGCAUAAAAAUCUUUUUGUCAACAUGGAACCAAAUCAGGGUGUCUCUGGCUACCACAGGAGAGCUGAAGCUGCCGGCUGACUACACUCAGGAGGAUCUGGGUCUGGACGCUGACCUGCAGGUUUUGCUGCCUCAGAGACACGGUCUGGGCCUGUGCUCCACUGCGCUCGUCAGCUACCUCAUCACGCUUCACAAUGACCUGGUGUACGCGGUGGAGAAACACACCGGAGAGGAGUCUGGUUACACGGUGAGCCCAGCGGACCUGACGGAUCUGCACGUGAUCCGCUACGAGUACGAGCGAGACCUGCUGCCGCUGGUGCUGUCCCACUGCCAGUACAGCAUGGAGCGCGGGCAGGAGACCCUGCUGGAGUACGACCUGCCCCAGAUCCAGCAGCAGAUCCUGACCCGCUUCCUACAGGGCAAACCACACAUCACCAUUAAUGGGAUUCCGACAUUGGUGAACAGACAGGACAGAAAUUAUGAGAUCAUAUUGAAAGAUGUGAAGGGCAAAGUUCAACAAGAGCCGUUGCAGCCGCUGACGCAGCACGACCUGGUGAAGGAUCUGCAGUCCUACAGUGACGUGUGUGAGGCGCUGUCCACCGUCCAGCUGGCCCUGGGGUUCCUCGCCAUGACCGGGGCCGACCCACACAUGCAGCUGAGCUCCUAUCUCAAAGAGGUGCUGCAGAUGACGGACCACAUGGGCUCACACAUCUACAAGGCAUUGAGCAGGUGCAGUCUGAAACACUGUGUGGCGCUGUGGCAGCUGCUCAGCUCUCUGAAAUCUGAGACCAUGAUUCGUCUGAAGAGGGACCCGUUUGUGGGAAUCAGCAAAGAGUACAAGCAUCCUCUGCAGGAGGAACACAAGACCCUGCUCACGAGUUUCUUCACCAAGUCCAGCGCUGACGCCUUCCUGUUGGAGAUGCACGAGUUCCUGCUCCUGGUCCUGAAGAGCCCGAAGGCCCCGGACACCUUCAAGGCUGACUGGGGUCUGAAAGACACGGUUGUGUCCUACAUGGAGCGCAAAGAUCUGGACAUUCCUCCUGAGGUGGACGAGUUCUUCCCUGAAAAGAUCCUGCUCUCGCAGUACACCGACACGUGGAAGUUCUCGGUCCAUGUCAGACAAGAACGACACCAAAGAUGAAGAGCUCCUGUUGUCUUACCUAAUCACUCGUAUCAGGGAAAGAUUCGGUUUCAUUUACAAAUGCCAUACUCAUUACAGACUUUCCAAAACUGUGCCUUUUAUGCACCUGAGUUACAGUGUAUGAGGUUCAGUGUUCUGCUGUAUAUUUACUCGUUCAUAUACAGCUCUGUGUACUGUCAUAUUAUUCGCUCUGUCAAAGUAGUC